UAUACUCGGCAGUCUCGCCUGAGUUUUCCUGCGAUAUUGCAAACUAGCACUUGGCCUACCCUGCAAGCAAGUGAAGCUCCGGCCAAAAAAUCAACCCACCCACCACAGCAAAACCGAUCAACCCGGAUUCCGAAGCAUCCAUGUCGACUUUGAAAGUGAGUGUUAAGUGGCAGAAGGAGGUAUUUCCGGAUGUUGAAAUUGAUACUAGCCAGUCCCCAUAUUUGUUCAAGUGCCAGUUGUUUGACUUGACUGGAGUACCACCUGAAAGGCAAAAGAUUAUGGUAAAAGGUGGUCUUCUUAAGGACGAUGCAGAUUGGUCGAAAGUAGGAGUUAAGGAGGGCCAAAGAUUGAUGAUGAUGGGGACUGCUGAUGAGAUAGUUAAGGCACCCGAAAAAGGCCCCGUUUUUGCAGAAGACAUGCCAGAGGAAGAUCUUGUUGUCAAUGUGGGUCAUUCUGCUGGCUUAUUUAACCUUGGAAAUACCUGCUACAUGAAUUCCACGGUGCAGUGCCUACAUUCUGUUCCUGAGUUAAAGUCUGCUUUGAUGAAGUACCCAUCAUCCAGUAGCAAUAACCUGGAUCAGGCUUCUCAGCUUUUGACAGCCGCCACUCGAGAUUUAUUUAAUGAUCUUGAUAAGAACAUUAAACCAGUCGCUCCAAUGAAAUUUUGGACGGAAUUGCGGAAGAAGUAUCCUCAAUUUGGCCAGCUACAUAAUGGAGCCUUCAUGCAGCAGGAUGCUGAAGAAUGUUGGACACAACUUCUCUAUACUCUUUCCCAGUCUCUGAAAUCAACAAAUUCUAGUGAACCGCAGGAUCCUGUGAAGGAACUUUUUGGUAUUGAGUUUGUUAGCAGGAUUCACUGUGCUGAAAGUGGUGAAGAAAGUACAGAGAAAGAAUCUGUUUAUUCAUUGAAGUGCCACAUUUCACAAGAGGUUAAUCAUUUGCAUGAGGGCUUGAAACGCGCUUUAAAAUCAGAACUAGAAAAAGCUUCUCCUGCUUUGGGACGUAGUGCGAUUUAUGUAAAAGAAUCACGCAUUAAUGACUUGCCGAGAUAUUUAACUAUUCAAUUUGUACGGUUUUUCUGGAAGCGGGAAUCAAAUCAGAAAGCAAAAAUCUUGCGGAAAGUUGACUAUCCAUUGGAGCUAGAUAUUUUUGAUUUGUGUUCAGAUGAGCUUCGGAAGAAAUUGGAAGGUCCUCGUCGGUUUCUAAGGGACGAGGAAGGUAAAAAAUUUGGUCUUAAAACCAAUGAGAAGAGCUCUGUUUCUGACAAAGAUGUGGUGAUGGCCAACACAGAGGAAUCGUCAAAUGGCAGUGGGGAGUCAUCCAAAGAUGCUUCUCAGGAAGGGAAAGAGUCUCUCCUGACCGGAAUCUAUGAUUUGGUCGCGGUGCUGACACACAAAGGCAGAAGUGCUGAUUCUGGCCAUUAUGUUGCAUGGGUGAAGCAAGAAAAUGGUCAGACCUUUGAUAAAUGUUUCUGAUUGGCAGCCUAGUUUAGGUUAUGUGCUCAUUGAUUAACAAGUCAAUUUGUUUCUCUACGUCAGGAAAAUGGAUCCAAUUUGAUGAUGAUAAUCCAAUCCUCCAGCGGGAGGAAGAUAUUCCAAAACUUUCUGGAGGGGGUGAUUGGCAUAUGGCUUACAUUUGCAUGUACAAGGCCCGUGUGGUUUCAAUGUAAUUUUCUUUUUUCUUUUUCUGGUUAGUCUGCCAUGGACAAUUUUUUUGAAUCAUAACUUGGAGCAUUAUGAUGAUCGUCUUUGGAUUUUCCAAUGCUUCAUUUUUUUUCGGGUCAAUAUACUAGUCUUCUGCACAAUGAAUGUGCCACUACUUUUUAACUUGACAGUGAAUUUUUUGUUGCACUUUUCCUCGUGCCUUUGCUAUUAAACUUGAGGAAUAGAUAUAGUUGGUAGAACGGUAUGAAUCUAGUGAUUUUCAGACAAUCGAAGAUCUUACCACUAGAAAUACUUACGAGUUUUAUUUUUGAUUACUUAAGUGUACAAGAAAUAGAUUAGCGAUAUCAUACUAUAAAAUUGACACCAUAAAAUGUGUCCCGAUAAAUGGGGAACAAAAACUAAACAGUACAAUCUGACGUAUAUAGAUGCUGCUUCGUUCACCCAUGAGUUUCUAAGGCUGCUUUUCAGCAAUAGGAGACUCUUGAACAUUUCAGGGCACCAGAGGAGCUAGUCAAGUCCCUUACUUUUCUUGCAUCUUCGACCGGAAAAGCCUGUUCCGGGGUGUAGUUCGGCUUCAGGGAGGUGCCCUUGUCAGUGCCUCUUGAUUGGACGAAAGAGGCACCGUUUUCGAACACAUCGCCCACAGACAGAAAAUUCCAUAUCCUCCCACUACCUUGUUUCCUCCAAGUCACCU